AUGGCAGACACUGAGAUAGCAAAAAAGAAGAGGUUUCACAUCGACAGUUCAGACGACGAGGAGACUGAGGAACAGCAGCAGGAAGAGGAAUCAGAACUAGAGGAAGAGCAGGAAGAGCAAGAAGACGAAGUUGUGCCAGCACCUGUUUUAAAAACGAAGUCGACCGCCAAGACGGAAGAGGAGAAGGAGGUGCGUAAGAGGAAGGUCAGUCAAGCAGUGUUAGACCACUGCAGAAGGAUGCGAGAAAUGAGAUCGAAAAAUCCGAAGCCGAAGGAGAUAUGUAAGACCGAGGUCAAAAAGAAGGUGAAGGCGAUCAAACGUAAACUCGUAAUCCUUCAGGCGUUCUUUCAGUACUUCUUUGAGAGCACGCUCUUUGGUUAG